AUGGCCUGGUUUCUCUUUAGCAAGUACUACACGCUUAUUGAUGAGAGUGGUGCCUACAUUACAGCUGCCCUCCUGCACCCAGAGCGUCGUUACAAAUGGCUACAGAACCAAUGGAAUACAACAGAGAAGAAGAAGUGGUUGAAAUUAGGUCUGCAACAGGCAGAGGCCUUGUGGCAUAUAUACCGUGAUUGGCUAAAGCCUACCCUGUCCAGCAGCCCAAGGGAUCAAGAUACCUCUGCAGCUGAGUUGUCAGCCUUUCAGUGGUGGCAACAACAAUCAGCUGUUGUUGCAGACAGUGAGGACAACUUCAAAGCCUUCAUCUUUGCUCCUCCAAGUUGA